AGUUUUUGUACAUAAUACACUAAACCCGGCCCUUCACCAGUAACCAUCUCCAAAUUUUGUAGCAUCGAUACUUUGUUCAUAGAGAUGGCUAGAUCAUCUGUACCUCUGAUCGCUGUGUUAUGCGUUUCACUUCUACCACUUGCGGCCAUGGCGGUUGGAACGCCAUUCCUCGUUGAAGGCCGUGUUUACUGCGACACUUGCCGCUUUGGAUUCGAGACAAUCGCCACCAAAUAUAUCAUCGGGGCAACAGUGAGAAUAGUGUGCAAAGACGGAGUGACCUUGAAACAGGAGGUGGUUGGUGAGGCGGUGACGGGCGGCCUUGGAACAUACAGUAUCGCCGUCACAGGAGAUCGACACGACCAGCAGUGUCAGGCGGAGCUCGUCAAGAGUUCCAUGCACGACUGCCACGUGGCUGAUCCCGGCAGAAGUACCGCCACCGUGAUCCUCACGCGGUCCAACGGCGCCGCCUCUACACGCCACUUCGCCAACGCCAUGGGUUACCUCCGGGACCAACCGCUUCCUGGCUGCGCCGCUCUCCGGAAACUCUACCUUUCCGACGGUGAUGCUCGGGCUAUUUGA